GAGCAGCAGUGCAACCCCCUGCUCCACGCGCCGCCUUAUCAGCUCUCGGGAGGAAGCAGCGUUGAGAUUGUAGUAGGGCUCGUGUUUAUGUGGAGUCGUGGUGGGGAUCAGGCGUCACCUUUCGCCUGUUUUCCGAGCAAAAGCUAAAAGCAUCCGGUGCAUCAACGACUCGUCCGACGUGUGGGGUAGAUUUCACAGCAGACUUCAACUCAACUUCUCAGCCCAGGUACUGCUGCUGUGUGAAAGCCGCACGGCCGGGACGUAGCACCUACCACAAACGUUCCCUAGCCCUUCUCCAGCCACCCACGCAAGAAGAGCUGAGAGGUUUUGCUUCCACCUCUGCCACUGGCCUACCGCAGGCGAGGGAAAUGCAAUGAUGGCUGCAGCUGCAGUCUGGGACCUUCCCGAGCCCCUGGAGGCAUUCACGAGCACUUCCGAUGAGCCUCACGGCUGCAGCUGCUGCGAGGACACCCCUUCCUCUCAGAACAUGGUCUGCCUGCCGCCCCACGUGUUCGCUUUCUGCAUCGUGAUGUCUGCCUUGGUUUCGGCUAUCGUGGUGGCGAACCAACGCAUCUACGGGGCUAUCCGAGAAUACCUUCGGCAACUCCUGGAGCCAUCUGCGAGUAGGGUGCACAACCCGCGCUUGCUGCACCGAAGCGCAUCCCAUCAGUUGGACAAGGAUUCGGAAGGGGCGCACGUCAUCGAGGCUGCCGAGGCUAUGGACCGCGCCGCCGCCGCACCCCUAGCGCUCGAACACAAGAUACCGGCUCGCUACGUGCGGGCGUUCUGCGGCAACGAAAAGCACGCGUUGGAGAGGUGGAAAGCCACCCUCAAGUGGCGCAAGGAGAACGAGAUAGACGCCAUACUCAACGAGCCUCAACAGUUCUUCCACGACAUCCGACGCUACUUCCCGAGUCACAUGAGCGGAAGGAGCAGAGGGGGGCACAUUGUGGUGUACGAGAAGCUUGGAGCUGUAGACAUGCGGACACUAAGGAGAAAACUAGGUGUGACCGUGCCAAUGCUCCUCAGGCACUGGAUCUUCGUGUCGGAGUAUAUGUACCGCGUGCUGCAGCCGACGGACUCGGCUCAACAGAUCAACAUCGAGGACAUGAAGGACGUCAGGAUACAGACCUUGGCGGGAAAGAUCCAGGAGUACGUGAAGGCCGUCGCCCAAUUGGCUCGCCUUCACUACGUGGAGCGCUGCCACAAGACCUUCGUGGUGAACGCCCCGGCAUGGUUCGGACUCUCGUUCCGCGUGGUGUCUCCGUUCCUGAGCGCUCGGACGCGGCAGAAGAUCCGCAUCUUGGGCUCCGACCUUACCGUUCUGCAGGACGAGAUUGAUCCGCAGCUCCUCCCGGUAGAAUAUGGUGGGACGAUGACCGAACCGGUGUCCGACAGCCCGGAAGAACGCAACCUUCGCCGGCUCGUCGACGCCAUCAACGCUAACGCCGACGCCGAGGCCACCGUCGCCGCCACGCCCAAGAACGGCGACGACGGCGGUGGUGCCAAGGGUGGCGGCAGACCAACCCGCCGGCCGUCGUUCAGAUCACCCGAAAAGAAAAGCCCCAAGAAAAACGGGAAACCAUCUUCGGUCCAGCGAUCUCCGUUUGGGAAGACCCAACCCGUGCCUGCAGCACAAGAGCUACACGUCUCUCCUAAGAGUGGCCGUUCUAGAGCUCGCACCAACGACAAUGCCACCGCCGGUGGUGGCCCAAGGGCCCACUCCCUCCUACCAGAACGAGAUCUGGGGCCUCGCCGGGCUACGUGGUCUGGAAGCAGCGGCCGCGGCAGCGCCGCCUCCCGAGUGCCGCUACCGGCGAACGAGGGUCUCACCGUCGCGAUACGGGAGGAUGCUUAUCGUCCCCACACCCGAAGGGUUGUCGCCGAUCAAGGCGGGUCGCGGAGACGACGCGAGCUUGGCUCGGGGAGGGUCGGUGUUGGCGCGGAGCGCGGGGUGGAGACAGAGAGGCAGGAGCGCGAGGGAGGUAGGGGAAGCCCCCCCGCAGCGCGGUUGUUGCUUGGGGAGGAUCACCACCAGUCGGAGGAAGACGCGCAGCCGAUAGAGGACCGGCUGCAGGCUGUAAUGAGGGACUUAGGCGUGCCCCUUGGCGAGCAGGAGAGGGUCGUGCAGGGGGGAGAGGCGAGAGAGGGUGCCGGGGGGAACGGUCAGCGGGCGGACACAGGCGCACUGGAGUCUGCAGCAGUGGUCGCAACUGCGGAGGGAAACAAUCUGCGUAGUCAAGGGCAACAUGGGGGUGGCAUGCCGGCUCUCGAAAAUAACGGCGACAACUCGGCGGCAGGUCGACGUACGCCAUCAGCAGCGAGGACAGGGUCUUGAUGGCUCGAUCUGACCCAAAAUCGGCGGCCAGCACAAAACUGCUACAUUUGCCGCUCGAGUUAUCGGCGCGUUGUACAUGCGCGGCGACGUCGACGUCCUGGGACGUCCUGGACGCACGCUGGGCGGAAGCCCCUUGCAGGGAAUUUUUGGCGGAACGAGCAUCGCUUGCUUCACCGGGCCUGCGCAAAACGCGCGAGUAACGUCUCCUCUGAUUGGUCGUCUACCGAAAGUGUCGGUGCGAUCGGAGAUGGUUUCCGUCGAGGCCAAUGGCGGUGGUGGUUGGGUGGGUUAGGUGGUUAGGUGGAGUGAUUGAUUGCGUUGUCACUUUGUGUGAGGUAUGAUGCCUAUUAAGUCCGUGUCCAUGAUAUUCUUUGUUAGCCGUUGCGUGUUUCGUGUGUCCAGUUUGUUGGGUACGGGGAGGGGAGGAGAGGUUGGGAGUUGUUGCCGACAUGGCCCCUGUGUGCGUGGUGUAGUGGUACCCCCGUGUGUAUCGACGUCACAUGUGAAACAGUUUCAACUAGAUUUUCCUUUGUCGUGAUGACAACCAUGGUCAUGAUAGUAACGGCGGUGUUGUGUUAAUGAAUACCUUAAAACGGGCAUUGCUUUCAAGUUUCGCUGCAGAAGCACGUAACGAAGAAGUACGAUAUAAUAGUUUGGUGCCCAGUAAUACCAUCAGCCAGUAUUUGUAAGGAUUUUUUUUUCGAACACAAGAGAAAGAGCUUGGUGUGUAGAGUAGCUAGACUAUGCGUCAUCGUCAUGUCAUUGUACUCUUGCACAGUAGAUAGACGGAGGGAAAACAAUACCCAAUAUGCACUGCAUCCCCGAUUCUUGCACAAGGAAGGGUUGGAGUGUGUCUCACUGCCCGGAGAAAGUAAUCAUUUCAUUCCACCCA